GAGGCGCGGGAGCGGUGGGAGGCGGCGGCUGCAGCGGCGCUUGGAGCCCCGCGCAGGUCCCGCUACAGCCACGUAGAGAAGAUGACAGAUUUGGUGGCCGUUUGGGAAGUAGCUUUAAGUGAUGGUGUUCAUAAGAUUGAAUUUGAACACGGGACCACUUCUGGAAAGCGUGUUGUCUAUGUUGAUGGAAAGGAACAAAUAAGAAAAGAAUGGAUGUUUAAGUUGGUGGGUAAAGAAACGUUCACUGUUGGGGCAGCUAAAACAAAAGCCGCUAUUAACAUUGAUGCGGUCGGUGGCUUCGCGUAUGAAUAUACUUUGGAUAUCGAUGGGAAAAGCCUCAAGAAGUACCUGGAGAACAGGUCAAAAACAACCAAUACGUGGAUUCUGAGUUUGGAUGGCACAGUGUGCAGAGUUGUCCUGGAAAAGGACACUAUGGAUGUGUGGUGCAAUGGUGAAAAGCUGGAAACAGUGGGUGAAUUUGUAGAAGAUGGGACUGAAACUCACUUCACUGUUGGUGAUCACGACUGUUGCAUUAAGGCUGUCAGUAGUGGGAAACGAAAGGAAGGAAUUAUUCAUACCCUUAUUGUGGAUGGCAGAGAAAUCCCAGAGGCUGUGGAGUAGCCUCCUCUUAACUGAUUGUUGUAGGACUAAAAUCAGGAUUUUUUAAUUACUGUGGUAAUUAUUUUAAUAUGUACUACUUAGUACAUCUGCUUUGUGCUGGUUUUAUUUUCUAACUUCUGUAUCUGAAAUUCAUAUUUUUAAGGACCAGAUGAAAAGAGUUAUACAAAACCACCUACAUAACCCUUUUUAUUGUUAUAUAUAUUACACUAAAUGCAAGGAGGGCAGGUGGAGUAAAGUAGAAAUUAUAUAUUASAAAAAACUUUGCUAUGAUAAAAGGCGAUAUUCAUAUUCAGUACGAC